AUAGUUCCGGUUCUAUUUGUGGGUGUGUCACUGCCAAAUACACAGGAGAUUUCAUAUUGAACAGCACAGCAUAUUUGUUGACUAUUUGUCCAACAGCUGUAAAAUCACAGUAGAUCACUUAUCAUGGCUGAACAAGUAUAAACAAUUUUAUUUAAACAAAUUAUUAAUAAUAUAUGAUUUAUAUUGUCUUAAGUUUAAUUAAGACUUAAACUUACUAUGACUAUCUAUGUUCUUGACGUCCUAAAUUUAGGCUAUAUAAUAUUAAUAUUAUAUAUAUAUCAGUAAUCAGUAUAAGUUUAUUUAUAUUUAUGGCUCAAAUUAGUCCAAACAAUAUCAACAUUUUAUUUGAACCCAACAAACACAAAAUAAGGAUGCAGCUUUAAAUUUUCAUAUGCAGAGCUUACUUAACUCCUUGUUUUUAGUGUUUUUACAAUCACAGAUGUUAUUUUUUUUUAAAAAUAAAUACAAAUAAUUGCUUUGUUUUUUUUUUGUUAAUAAUUUGCAGCAGCACUCCAAAUUGAGCUAUGUAUUUUUAACAUUUAAUAAGUUACAAUUAUUUUUCACUCCAAUCAUGCAGUUUUUUUAUAGAAAAAAAAUAGGAUCUCAUUUUUAAAUAAUUAUUUUAACUUUUUUUAAGGAUGUUUUAAUAAUUAUUUAAAGAAGAAAAUUCAAAAUCAUAAGUUAUACUUUCAUUUAAUUUUUAAUAGGAAAAAAAUAGGUUAUUAUGUUUAAAUAAAUUAUUUUAACUUUUUGGUAUGUUUUAAUAAUUAUUUAAAAAGAAAAUUCUAAAUCAUAAUUUAUACUUUCAUUUUUAAUAUGUAUAUUAUAUUAAAUUAUCUACAAAUUCUGUAAAUAUGAAUUCUGUAAAUAUGAGAUAUAAUUUAUAAUACUUUUCUGGGGAGAAAUAUGCAAGAAAUAUGGGUGAAAGUGAUGACCUGAAAAAUUGGUAACAAAAUUUGGAGAAAAACUUCUUGAUUAAAAAAAAGAGUUCCUAUUGAGGUCCGAUCUAAACUAAAUAAUUCACAACCUUUGAACCACUUGAGCUAGAAAGUUGAUCUUGGUGCUUUUGUAAACCAUUCUAUGUGCUCUACUCAACUAUAUUGUGUUAAUGGUUUUAUAAUUUUGUGGAACAUUUCACCAAAUAAACUAUAUUUAGUAAAAUUAUUCAAUUAGGGUUACAAAUGGCCUACUACUAGUUAAAUAUUAGCCUACUGGACUAUUUGUGAGUAUUCUGACAGAAGAUGUCACUUUUAUAAAUUUAAUAUUUUAAUUGCCAAGAGUGUUUUAGAUUAAAAUUUUGUAAUAGUUUUUAUAUUUCAAACUCAAUUUGUUAGUUUAAAAUUGUGACAUACUUGGGGGUUGGUGGUCUGCUUUAGAUUUGUGACCAGUGAAGGAGGGGGGGGGGAUUAUCAAAAAAUAGUGUGAUGUACUUUAUGGAUGGGGGGCUUCUAAGGUCUCUUAAUUUAGAUAAAGUGUAUGAAAUUUUCCAUUCAAUAAAAUGGCUUUCUAAGGGGUGCACCCACUAUCAUCACAGUAAAUGGUACCUAACCUUGUUUUAAGCGAUUUUGUAUUCUGACUACCCAAUAUAUUUGAUACUAAUAAUGAUAAUAAUUAAGCCUACAUACCCCUGAAUUUUAAACAAAUUUGAAGGAAGUUGAAAUUUUAUGCAUGACAUUUUUCAAGUUAGUUUUAAAUUGAAAGGAAAACUUGAUUGAAAUUUAUUAAAGAAUCACUUGAUUUUUCAGAAAUAUUUAUUUAAAAUGGAAAUGACAUGUGAUGGCUGUGCUAAUGCUGCUAAACGUGUUUUGGGCAAGUUGCGUAAGUUGUUUAUGUUGGUUUUUUUUUUGGUCAAUUACAAAAUUGUUUUACUUGAAAAUAGAAAAUCGUAUUGAAGAUAAUUUUUAAAAAAAAGAAUUAUUUUAACUUGUUUUAAGAAUUUAGUUAAACGGCUUUGUAAAUAACAGUAUUCGAUUAAAAAAAAUUUAAGUUUAUUUUCAAAAUACGUAACUGCUGUGAAUUUUACAAUAUAAUUUAUAGAUGUUUUAAUUUGAAGUUAGCUACCAAUCAUUCCAAAUUCUUUGUAAUAUUGACAGCUGAAGUGAAAAGUGUUGAGACUAGCCUUGAAGCUCAGACUGUUACUGUUGUUUCUACUUUGUCCUCUGAUGUUUUGCUGGAGAGCUUGAAAAAAACUGGAAAAGAGUGCUCUUUUAUUGGACUGGCAUAGUAAUAGUAUCUUUCUUUUUUAACAUGUAAUAAAAUAGACCAGGCUCAAAAUGGUGGCUUAUUCUGAUCAUCACAUGUGUAAUAUGAAUUAAUCGUACCGGUAUACAGAACAUUUCCUUAAUACAUUACAUACAUCUGAUCAAAUUGAAUACCUACAAAAGUGAUAAAUGUAAAAAAAAAAUUUUUAAAAAUUGUGUAAUGGUUGCUGAUAAGAAAUUUUUAGCAACAAUCAUGCAAGGUAUAGGCAGUUAUUUAUAUUGUUGACUAUAUUAUAUCAAGUGACUCAUUUUCAGUCAGGAAUGUGUCUAAAAAGUGAAAGGUGCAAAAAGUGUAUUAAACAACAAAAUUCGUCGUCUUAAGCCAAUGGGGUUAAAUAUUUUGAGCGGGUGUCACAAUAAAUUCACACUUUGGCCAGUAAGUAAAGAAAAACAACUUUACAAAAAAAAUGUGAGUGAAAUUUAAUCUAUAACUUUUCAGGUAUCAUUUCAGACAUUAUUUUUUUAUAGAUGUUAUUAUGUUUUAAAAUGUUUAAAAGCAUUUCAAGUAUUUUUACUUCACAUUAACUUUUUUAAGAAAAAACAUAUGUAUGCUUUGAAUAAAUAUCUCUGACAAGUUCAUUUAAUACGUCAAUUCAAUUAAUGUCUGUAUGUGUUUAAAGUUCGCUUUGCCCAAAUCACAUGCAUAUGUUACCUUUGUUAAUGUUCUUACUAAGUUGAACUCAAGGUUGAGCCAUAAAAUGUUGAGAAUAACUGAAUUGUUGUGUGCAAGUUAGCUUAGCAAUAAAUCCACAUGGAGCUAAGCAUUCAUUUAUUAUGUCUUAAUUGUUAAAUUUUUGUGAUAAUAAUCAAACAACUACACAUAUUUUGAACUAUAAUCUUAUAUCUGAAUGUUUUUUUUGUUUUUUUUUGUGGCUGUUGCUUUUAACAGUUUAUUCAUUCUGUGUUUUUAAAUAAUGUUAUUGUUAGAUGACUGAUGUUUUUGUCAUUUUAAUGUCCAACAAAAAAAAAAUCAUUCCACUUGGAAUUAAUGAAAAAUGUUUAUUUAAGCGGAUUGUUUACAUUUAGAGAUUCAUAAGUAACUAGUCAGGUCUGAUAACAGUCAAAAUGCAACUGUUAACCUAAUGAGAUCAAAUAAACUAACUUAAAUAUUUUUCAAUCCUAAUUUAAUACUAUAAUGUUAUUAGUGCUGUAACUUUAAUUAAGUCCUCCUUUAUGAUAUUAAAACAUAGUCUUUAGAAAUCAAAGUUUAAUUAAUAUUCACCAUUUAAUUUUUUUUUUUUAGGUAUUAGUUUACUUGAGAUAGUCUUUCCUCUGAUUAUUUCACCCCAUGCUUCACAUAUUUUUCUUUUUGUUUCAAAUGAUUUAUAUACAAACUAAUUUGGAGUUCAGUUUUAAACUUAAACAGGUUAUUUUUCUACAAAAUGUGCUUUCCACUGACACUCACUCAUAAAAUUAACAUAUAUGUUAUAUAUGUAAGUCAUAAAUAACAAAGUUGCAGUGAGACUUUAAGUUUUUAUUCAGGAUUAAAGUUACAGGAAAGGGAAAAAAAGACAUCAGAAAAUAAAAUUUCAUUCCAACUUAGUAGUUCACAUUUUUUUUAUUCUGUAUAGAAUAAAGCACCAGCAUUGCGGAGGUUGUGGAAACUUUACCUUUAUUGGGUGGAGUUCUAUAAUACUUAUAUAUUAUAUAGUUUGUCAGUCAAAUCAACUAUGACCAAAUUAAUCAUUGUAUAUCCUUUCUUGGCUGUGGGAGCACAGUUAAAAUAAUACUUAUUAAACUGCAGUCCCACUUUUUACUUUUGGAAUAUCCCAAAAUUUAAAAAAAAUUGUUCUUUACAUCAUAGUUUACUGUUAAAAGUAAUCAAUAAAAUCAAUUACUUCAACACAGGAUCCCUGGCUCACAGCCAGCUAUAACUGAUCUGCUGACUGCUAACAGUCAGCUAUAACUGAUGUGCCACCAGCCAGCUAUAACUGAUCUGCUGACUGCUAACAGCCAGCUAUAACUGAUCUGCUAAAUUACCAUUUUUAACUACAGACCCAUUUUAUCAGCUGCACCACAAGUAAACACUUUUGAAAGCUAGACAAUUAUUAAGAUAAAGUCACAACACACAUCAUUAAAUAACAUAAAUGUCAACCUCCUGAGAUAAAUAUAUACUGGGAAAAAAGGAAAGAUGUAAUGGUACCAUAAAAGGGGAGACACAACUUAUUUUGUCACAGUUAAAGCAUAGUUUUUUAAAAUUAUUUAAUGCUUAUUAAUUAAUUGCUAAAGAGAGCAAAUGUUAUUUUUUUCAAUGGCAUUUUUUCAUAACACAAAAACUGCUCAUACAUUAAGAUAAAAUGAAAAUGUCAGAUAUUUAAGUUUCCAUUUGAUCCAUAGAUAAGCCUUCACAGUUUUCAUGUUCUCUGAUAAAAUCUCUGGAUUGCCAUUGACAAA